AUGGGAAUAAAGUCAAAGCCAAGGAAAGUCAAUCCGUUUGAGCUCAAAUUCAACAAGAGUAAACAUGAUAUUCUUGGGAGAAAGAAAGGUGCACAAGUUGGAGCACCAACACAAUCGCGAAAACGCGCCUAUGAGCAGCGAGAGAAAACGUUGGGUGUAGAAUACGAUCGGAAGAAUAAGAUCAGUAAAAUUGUGGAUAAACGAGUUGGAGAAAGAGAUUCGACGAAAACUGAUGAGGAAAAAACGGCGAUGCGAUUUGUGGAAGAGAGAACGAAGAAUUUCAAGCGAGCUGCAAAGUAUAAUUUGGGAGAAGACGAAGAAUUGACAUUGACACAUGGUGGAAAAGCAUUGUCAGAUAUCGAAAAAUAUGAUAAAUCAAUGAUUUCGGAUUCGGAAGAUGAUGAAGAUCAGAUCUCAUCAAAAAUGGUGAAAAUCGCACAUUUCGGAGGUGGUGAUGAGAAAUCGACAGAAGAUAAAGUUAAGGAAAAAAUUAGUAGAGAAGAUAUGAUUUCGAAUUUGAUUGCAAAGACAAAAAUGGCGAGAAAUGAGAAACAAAGUCAAAAAGAUGAGCUGGAAAUGAUGACUGAGAAUUUGGAUGCGAAAUUUUCGAAUUUGAUGCAAAAAUUGACUGGUGGAUUUAGGCCAACUGGAAGAGAGAAACUGGAAAAGGAUGAUUUUGAUAAAUUGGUAAGAGUUUUGAAGGAAUUUGAUGAAAAUCUUAAUUUUUGGAUGGAAAACUAGAAAAACAGCUAGAAAAUCCCGAAAAUUGAUGGAUUUUGGUUAGGAAAUCAUGAAAAUUCAGUUUUUAUACCAGAAAUAAGAUUUUUGGCUUGAAAAUUUUGAAAUUUGGAUAAUUUUCAGCUGAAAAUCUGUAAAUUUUGGAAUUUAGCUUCUUUUUUCAGCUAAAAUUCGAGAAAACUGAUCAAAUUCAGGCUGAAAAUUUGAAAAUUCUGAAUUUCCCAGAACUUGGCUCAAUUUUGGUUAGGAAAUCAUGAAAAUUCAGUUUUUUUACCAGAAAUAAUUGAAAGUCAUGAAAUUUGAAUAAUUUUCAACGAAGAUUUGCUGAAAAUCUGUAAAUUUUGGAAUUUAGCUUCUUUUUCAGCCAAAAUUCGAGAAAAUUGAUCAGUUUCAGGCUAAAAACCUUAGGAAUUCAUGAAAAUUCAGUUUUUAUCCCAGAAAUACAAUUUUUGGCUUGAAAAUUAUGAAAUUUCAAUAAUUUUCAGCUGAAAAUCUGUAAAUUUUGGGAUCAGGCUUCUUUUUCAGCUAAAAUCCUCAUUUUCAGCUGAAAAUAACCCAAAAAUCCCCCCCAUUUUUUCCAGGCCUUCACACUCAAAACCGAAUCCGAUCCCCGUGCAACUCCCGCCAAUCGCAAACUCACCGAAGACGAACUCGCACAAGAAGAUCGCGCGAAUCUCGAGCGACUUGAAGCGGCGCGACUAAAUUCGCUCAAAAAUUCGCAUCAAUCAGUCGAUAUGGAUGUGGAUGUGAAUGCGGGAAAAUUGGCAAAAGAGCGAAAAAAUCGCGAAAAAUCCGAGAGAUUUGAGGUGCGAUUUAAUGAGGAUGGAAAAAUGAUUAGAGAAGAGGAUUCUGAUGAAGAUGAAGCUGAAGGUUCAGAUGAAGAAGAAGAAGAAGCUGAAGAUUCUGAAGAAGAUUUAGACGAUUUAUUAGAAGAAGAUGAGGAUGAAUUAGAGAGUGAGGGAGAAGAGGAGAGUGCAGAGAAGCAGACAAAGAAGAAAGAAGUUCCGUUUGUUUUUGAGAUGCCAAAGAAUUAUAAGAAGUUUUGCGAAUUGCUUGAACAAUAUUCGGAUAAUAUGAGCGAUGUUUUAGAGAGGUGCGUAUUUUGAGCUGAAAAUCUGUAAAUUUUGGAAUUUAGCUUCUUUCUAAGCUAAAAUUCGAGAAAAUUGAUUGAUUUCAGGCUGAAAACCUGAAUUUUCUGAAACUUGGCUCAAUUUUGGCUAGGAAAUCAUGAAAAUUCAAUUUUUAUCCAAGAAAUGAGAUUUUUCGCUUGAAAAUUAUGAAGUUUGAAUAAUUUUCAGUCAAAAUUUGCUGAAAAUCUGUAAAUUUUGGAAUUAUGCUUGUUUUUCAGCUAAAAUUCGAGAGAAUUGAUCAAUUUCCAGCUGAAAACCUGAAAAUUCUGAUUUUUCCGGAAAUUGGCUCAAUUUUGGUUGGAAAAUGAUGAAAAUUCAGUUUUUAUACCAGAAAUAAGAUUUUUGGUAUGAAAAUUAUGAAAUUUGAAUUAAUUUCAGCCAAAAUUUGCUGAAAAUCUAGCUAAAAUUCGAAUUUUCCGACUCAAAAUUUCAUGAAAAUUCUCAUUUUCAUUAUUAAAAAUCGCGAUUUCAACCGAAAAAUGCCAAUUUUUGCAGACUUGUCAAAUGUCAUCAUCCAAGUCUCAAAGAAGGCAACAAGAAAUUGUUGAACAAGAUGUUUUUGUUGUGUUUGCGAUGGUUUGAUGAUAUGUCGAGAGAGGAUUUGACAGAACAAGUUAUUCAGGAAAUGGAUUUGGCACAGAAAACCAUGUUUGAUUUGUUGAAGGUGGGAUUUUGAGAUUUUCAGACGAAAAUGAUGGAAAAUGAGCUAAAAUUUUGGAAUUUUGAGCAAAAAUUAGCCAAAAACCAUGUUUUCAACCCAUUUUUGAUGAAAAAUGCCAAUUUUCAGUUCGAUAUUCAAUACGGUGUCCGAUGUAUUCGAGCUCUGAUCAGACAGAAUUGGAAAAAUCGACAGGAGAAGGACAAAUCUACACCGGCAUCGUUUUCGAUUAUUUCAUUGCUCAGGUUAGUCGAGAAUCGAAAUUUGGCUCGAAAAUUCGGAAAAUUCUGAUCAGCAGCUUCAAAGUCAUAUAAAAAUGCUGAAAAAUUCAAAUUUUUCAGAUUUGAGCUGAAAAAACUGAAAAUUCCGAAUUUUUGAAUCCCAGAAUUCAAAUCUAGCUCAAACUCUUUAAAAAUUUUCAUUUUAGCUGAAAAAAUCUGAAAAUUCCGAAAUUUCAUAUAUCAGAGUAUAGAAAUUUCAUUUUUCAUAUGAAAAAUUCGAAAAAUGAUCUCUCAACCCUAAAUUUUCCAAAAAUUCUGAAUUUUUGGGGGCUCACACUCUGAAAAGUCCAUUUUUCAUGUGAAAAUGAGCUCCAAACAUCAAAAAAUCCUCAAAAUUCCGAAUUUUUCAGUCCCAAAGCAGAAAAAGGCCAUUUUUCAUCAGAAAAUGAGCUCCCAACUUCAAAAAAUUCUCAAAAUUCCGAAUUUUUCAGUCCCAAAGCUGAAAAAGGCGAUUUUUCAUCGGAAAAUGAGCUCCCAACUUCAAAAAAUCCUCAAAAUUCCGAAUUUUUCAGUCCCAAAGCUGAAAAAGGCGAUUUUUCAUGUGAAAAUGAGCUUCUAACUUCAAAAAAUCCUCAAAAUUCUGAAUUUUUAGGUCCCAAAGCUGAAAAAGGCCAUUUUUCAUUAGAAAAUGAGCUCCCAACUUCAGAAAAUCCUCAAAAAUUCUGAAUUUUUCAGUCCCAAAGCUGAAAAAGGCCAUUUUUCAUCAGAAAAUCUCGAAAAAUCCCCAAAAAUCCUCAUAUUUUCCAGACUUGUCGCCGGACUUUUCCCAGUUUCCGACAUCUGGCAUCCAGUUGUAAUUCCCGCCUUUUUCCUCGCCACAAAUGUGAUUUCAAACGCAAAAAUCGCAAAUCUUCGAGCACUUUCCCGCCAAAUUUGCCUGGCUCACACAAUUUUGGAUUAUGUUAGCGAAACUCGAAAAUAUGUGCCAGAAUUAGUGUCUUUUGUCAAAAGUGCACUUUUGUUGGCGAUUUCGGGAGAAAAGGAAUUUAGCACAAGUGGAUUUCCGAUCACGGCACCUUAUUCCGAAAUGUUGGUGAUGCAAAAGGUGAGAGUUUUUGGGGAUAAUUUUGAGCUAAAAUUCGAGAAAAAUGGCUGAAAUUUUGCUCAAAACCCAAUUUUCAGCCUGAAAAAUGAGCUCCAGAAGCAAAUUUUGAUUUCUAGAACUGAAAAAUCAUCUCCUAGACCGAAUUUUAGGUUUCUAUAGCUCAAAAUCCAGAUUUUCAGUUCUGGAAGCUCAAAAAUCGCUGAAAAUCUGAAUUUUCCCGUUUUUUUUAUUUUUAACACAGAAAAUUGAAAUUUAAAAAAAAUUCAUAAAAAUUUAUUGUUUCAAGAAUAUUUUAAAAAAAAAAAAUUUUUCCAGCCUCAAAAAUGUGCCAAAAUUGCUCCAAUCUCAAUUUCCGCCAUUUUCGACGAUGAAAAAUCGCAAGAAAUGUCUGAAGAUGAAGAAAAUCUGAAAUUAUCGAUUUUAAGAUCGAUUUGUUCGUUGACACAAAAUUUGCGGGUUAUGUAUUCGAGUCAGAAUGAAACGUAUAAUAUUGUGUUUAGGUGAGUUUUUUUUGGGGCUGAAAAAUCGGUCUGAAAGUGAGUUUUGAGCUCCAGGAGCCAAAAAUUACAUCUGGAGCUCAAUUUUCAGGCUAAGAAUUGGAUAUGAGCCACAAAAAGUGAUUUUUGAGCUCUCAGAACUCAAAAAAAUCUGGUUUAAAAUUUGAUUUUGAGCUCUAAAGACCGGAAAUUUGGAGAUUUUUCAGUUCUAGAGGUCAAAAAUUGCGUCUGGAGCUGAAUUUUUAGGCUAAAAAUUGGAUGAGCGAAAUUUCAAUCAUUUUUCAUGAACUUUAAAAAAUGUCAUGAUUAUUAGCUCAAAAUUCAUCAUUUUUAGCCAGAAAAACUGGGAAAUGGUUCAAAUUUGAAGCUUUUAGGAAAUUUAAAGUUUUAGCUCAAAAUUUAUGAAUUUUCUGCUUUCUCUUGAAUUUUAGCAACAAAAAUUGUCUAGAUUUUAAGAUUUUCAGCUUAAAAAUGUAAUUCAGAAUUUCAUCCCAAAUUAUCCGAAAAAAUCCCCUUUUUUCCAGACCAUUCCUCGAAAUUCUCUCAAAAAUCGACUUAUCCCAACUUCCCACCGAAUUAUCCGGAGAAAUUGACGAAUUGAAAUGUGCAAUUCGCGCCGAAUGCGAUCAAAAACGAAAAUUGACACAAUUAUCGCUGAAAAAAACGGAAAAAUCGAUGCUGAAAAUGUUGGAACCGCGAUUCGAAUGGGAUUUCGAUCCGGAACGACCAAAUAAGGGCAAAAAAUGGGAUGAGAAGAAGGUGAUGCAGAAACAAUUGAAAAAUGAACAAAGAGGAGCGAUUAAGGAAUUGAGAAAGGAUACUGCAUUCUUGGCGAGGUUUGUGAGGCAUUUUGAGCCAAAAUUCAUGAAAAAUGGCUGAAAAUCAUGAAAUUCAAGCUAAAAAUCAUGAAAUUUGGAGCAUUUUGAGCCAAAAUCCAAUUUUUUAUGUAAAAAUUAAGCUCCAGAAGAGAUUUCAGGCUCCUAGAGCAUAAAAAUCAUUUCUAAUUCAAAUUUUCAGCUUCAGGAGCUUGAGAGCACGUUUCCAGCUUCUUGCACUCUGAAACCGGUUUCAGAAGCUCCGGGAGCACAAAAAUCACAUCUAGACUCAAUUUUUGGCUUCUGGGCCUGAAAAAUCUCCAAAUUUCAGGUCUUCAGAGCUCAAAAUCAAAUUUUAAACCAGAUUUUCAGCUUAAAAAUCACUUUUUGUGGCUCAUAUCCAAUUCUUAGUCUGAAAUUUGAGCUCCAGAAUUAAUUUUUUGCUCCUGGAGCACAAGAAUUACAGAUUUUCAGGUUCUUAAAGUGAAAAUUGAGCUCCAGAGAAGAAAUCAGGCUCCGAGAGCUCAAAAAAACCACUUUCAGACUCGGAAAAUCUUCAAAAUUUUGUCAAAAAUAUGUGUUUUGGCUCAAAAUUAGCUCAAAAUGCUCCAAAAAUCCCCCGCAAUUUUUUUGCAGAAAACAAAUGUCGAACGUAAAAUCGCGUGAUCUCCAACGCAAAAAUGCCACAAAACGUCUCAUGGGCGGUCUUAUGCAACAACAAGGCGAAUGGAACAAAGAAAUGCGCACCAAGGAUGUGGAGACGAAAAAAGAGGCGGGAAAAAGUGGCGGGAAAAGGUAG